AUGUCUUUAUGGGUAGACCGCUACAGGCCGAAGAGCUUGUCCCAGCUCACAUAUCACGACUCAAUCACCCAGAACUUGGCCGCGUUGUCCAAAUCGGGCGACUUUCCCCAUCUUCUCGUGUAUGGACCAAGUGGUGCUGGUAAAAAGACCAGAAUCUAUUCCACCUUGAACGAGAUCUUUGGCGCCCAGGUGGAAAAGUUGAAGAUCGACGUCAAGACGUUCACCACGUCUUCCAACCGGAAGUUGGAGUUCAACGUGCUAAGCUCCAACCACCACUUGGAAAUUACUCCCUCCGAUAUGGGCAACAACGACCGGGUGGUCAUCCAAGACCUCUUGAAAGACGUGGCGUCCACCGAGCAGGUGGACUUCCAGAACUCGCAGAAGAAGCAUCGCUUCAAGAUUGUCAUCAUCAACGAGGCCGACUCCUUGAGCAGGGACGCUCAGGCUGCAUUGAGAAGGACAAUGGAGAAGUACUCCACCAACAUCCGUUUGGUAUUGGUGUGCAACACCAUCUCCAACAUCAUAGCUCCCAUCAAGUCUAGAACGUUGUUGGUCCGGAUCCCCAGCCCAAGUGUGCACGACAUCUCGCAGGUAUUGCUCAAGGUGUCCAAGAAAGAGGGCCUCAAAUACUCUACGAACAACGAGGACGAGAUUGUCAGAUUCUUGGACAACGUGGCCCAGCACGCCAACCGCAACUUGAGAAGGGCGUUGUUGUCGUUCGAGACACUCGCCAUGCAGCAGGAGACCAUCCAGACCGGCAACAAUCUCGACAUCUUGAAUUUGGACUGGGAGAUCAUCAUCAAAAACAUGUCCAGACAAAUCAAAACCAAUAGAAAUGUGGCCACGCUUGCCAAGGUACGUGUGAUUUUCUACGAGCUUCUCGCCCACUGCAUUCCCGCCAGAACCAUCCUCAAGACUUUGUUGUUCGAGUUGUUGGGAUUGUUUGACGACACCUCCAUUAUCGAAGGCCUUGUUGAGUUGGCGUCGGUUUUUGAUGAGAGGUUGAGCUUGGGACUGAAGAGCAUUUUCCACUUGGAGGGGUUUGUGGCCAAAGCAAUGGUGGUGAUGGAGCACGGGUCGUAG